GUUGUGAUGCGUUAAGCACCUUGGAUCCUAGCGACCACUCGGAACAAAUUAAAGACCGAAACUUAAAACGCAACUUUUUUAGAGGGGAGAAACUACUUAUACCUCCCAAGUCCUCGCUGAAUUAUAGAUAUCUUCUUCUUUUAGUCCUUUUGGGCCUUCUUACCCGUCUUCCUUUCUUAAAUACUCCGCACUUUGUUGUAUUUGAUGAGGUUUACUUCGGAAAACAUGCAGCUUCUUACUUAACUGGUCGCUUCUUUUUUGAUCUGCAUCCACCUUUGGGAAAGUUGAUUUUCGCACUUGUCGGAUACCUUAACAACUUUGACGGAAACUAUGAAUUCAAUUCAAUCGGAGAUGAUUAUCUCAACGUGCCUACUACACCCGCUCCUUAUGCUCAGAUGCGCUUUAUUCCAGCACUCUUAGGAAGUCUUACGGUUCCGCUGGUUUACCUGCUCACUAACGAACUGGGCGGAGGCACUCUUGCAUCCUUUUUUGCGGCCACUCUUCUUUUGCUGGAUAAUUCUUUUGUGUGUGUGUCCCGCUUUAUUCUCCUGGACUCCUUUCUCAUUUUUUUUAUAUUAAUGGCCGUAUUUACUUACAUCAGGUUUCGCCAGCAAUCCAAAAGUCCGUUUUCUAGAAAGUGGUGGGCCUACUUGUUCGCCUGUGGCUCCUUCCUAGCGCUCAGUGUCGGGGUGAAGAUGGUGGGCUUCUUUGCGAUGGCCUUCGUCGGGGUUCACACCGUUGGGGAGCUCUGGGCACUCUUCUGCGAUAGCACCAUUCCCCUUAGAGUGAUACUUCGGCACUUUUUGAUCAGGACGCUGGCCUUGAUUGUGCUCCCCUCCGUUUUCAUCUAUCUGAUUCUCAGCGUUCAUCUUCGGUUAUUACCGCUCUCAGGAGAUGAUGCGAUGAUGUCUCGUAGUUUCCAGUCGGAUCUACUUGGAAACCAACACAAUAUUUCAACUUGGUUUCAGCCAGAGAAGAUUGCUUAUGGCUCAAUAAUCUCGCUGAGGAUGGAAGAGAGUCAGUGCUAUUUGCACUCGCAUCCGAACCGCUGGCCCGUACAUGUUAGUAGGGGCUCAUUUCACCAAAUCACAAGCGGGCAGCAACAGGUCACGUGUUACAAGCAGGUAGAUGAUAACAACUUGUGGUAUGUGGCUAAGGGCGAUGCGGAUUUGCUUAAUGAGGGGCCUGUCAUCGUACGAGGGAACGGUGAACAAGAUGACGACGUUACCCUCGUCAGGGACGGCGACAUAAUUCAGCUGUUCCACGUGAUAACCCGAGGCGUGCUUCACACCCACGACGUUUCCAGUGUUGUAACGCCCUCAAAGCAAGAAAUGUCUGUCUGCCACGCCCAUGAUAGAUGGAAAGAGGGGACGCGCUUUCAAGUCUUCUUUUACGGGUUUCGUGAGUACUGGAAGCCGUUUGAAACUUUAGUUAAGCUUGUUAACGUCGGCGACAUUCCGACUACCGUGCAGCUUACUGGCCACGUUUUACCUGAUUUUGCACUCCGUCAAUAUGAGGUUGUAUCGGCUAGAGACACCGAAGGUCUUAUGGAAUUGUGGCAAGCCGAGCACCACGAACACCAUAAACUCAGGGCUGUGAAACGCGCCUCACUUCCCAAGUUGUCUACGUUUUCAAAAAUAAUUGAGAACCUUCAAGCUAUGUUUAUGGCCAAUACGAAAUUAGUAGGAGAGCACCACUACUCGACAAGGCCCCAACGAUGGCCCUUCCUCCCUAAGGGCAUCUCAUUUUUCCAGGAUCCAAGGCCAGACCAUCGAAAGCAAAUAUACAUGCUCGGGAAUGUUGCAUGCUGGUGGCUCACCCAUGGAUUGCUCGUUGCGUUCCUGGCGCUCUGGACUUGGUACACUCUUCGGCUCGUCCGUAACCACGUGGACAUAAGCCCAAACAAGUAUCGGGUACUGCACUGCGCAAUGGUUUACGCUGGACUUGCCUACGCUCUCCACUACCUGCCCUUCUUUUUCAUGAACCGCACUCUGUUCUUGCACCACUACUUGCCAGCGAUGGCUUUCGCAUAUGUUAUAAGUGGAAUAACCGCCGAGUAUUUAUACUGGCUUUUCUAUGCUAAACUGAAGCCCUCGCUAGCGCGAGGUUUUGUGGCGCUCUCUCUUUUUUCCGCUCUGGUGAUCUUUGCGAUGUUUGCGCCUAUGACAUACGGCCUUGAAUCUCCUCGCUGGGAAAGUUUAGUGUCCACUAGAGGGCUUUUUGCGUGUCGAUAUUAAGAACGUAAAAAAAAAACGUUUAAUGAAACUUCCGUCAAGAUGGAGGAGAGUACUUA